AUAUAGUUUACAUAUGUGUAAUAUUUCAGUCAUAACGAUAAUUGCAAUAAUAAUGGGCCGUUAUUUCCUGCUGAUCCGUUGUUUUCAAGAGUUUGGAACGCUAUUUCCAUUGGUAUAAUAAUAAUGCUUAACUGCUUUGCGCUCGAGCAAUAUCAAAUCAAUAUAGAAUUAUAGCCCAAGCCUAUCUAAUUAUUCACAACGUUUCGAAAUGGAAUUUACAGUAAAGAUACUGCAUCUAAUAAAAUUAUUAUGUUCGGAGCUGUAGCCAUAGCAACGAGCGCGAAAUCCAAUUUAAUCACCAGUACAUCUGUGUUAUUUAGUUUAGAAGAAAUAACUAGGACCUAACAAAGAGAGUUUUUUUUCUGAUGGGGCAAUAAUAAUUUCAACGGGACAUUUAGAAGAAAAAACACCAAGCACGACAAUAAAGUAAAAUAGUUCGGUAAAAGUGGUUGUUUCGAUCAUCUGCAAGAAGGACCUGUGCUACAAAACUUUGAUGACAUGUACAUAUUGAAAUGAUGGAUUCGGAUGAGAAUACCCGGAUGAUGAUCCAGCUUGCGUCAAUGAUGAUGCAAAAUCAGAAUGCAAUGAAGGAAGUACAGACUCAACUUGAAACGGCGGUGCCAAAAGAAACUUCCGCUGAACAAAAUAGUUCGCAGAAGAAAAAACAAGCACCGAGUCCUAGUGCGAUCCAGGUUGGUUCAAACCCUGCUACAUUUGGAAUGGAUCCGAAAUUGAUGGCCGAGUUUGCAAGGCAGAUAGUUAUGAAUGCUAACAAUUUGUCCGGUCAAGAAACGGUACAGAAACGCAGUCAGACGGAGAAACCAGCGACAAUUGCGCAAAUUAUACAGUCACAACAAAAAGGACAAUCCACUACAGCGCAAAAUUCAAGUGAAGGUAAAAUAUUUGUAUACAAUCAACUGCCUGAAGCGACUAUUCCUCAAGCCAAUGGUGAUAUCAAGCCAGAUUUGAACAUGCUAGCUGCCGCAGCGGUCGCAAAUGGUAACUUUCAGUUGUCUGCACCAAUACGUCAUACCAAUUCCAUUGGACCAAUCAGAAACAAAUAUGGCAGAAUACUGAGACCAGGCAUUGAUAAUUUUGGCCGUUUUGAAGCUGUUGCCAACCCGGGACUCAUCAUGCAUGCAAUGGAACUACUGAGACAAAAAGAUAAGAAGAAACGCGGACCAAAAGAAAAGGAGACGUUCUCAGUAUUUAUGUAUUGUCUACCUGAUAAGAACUCCAAACUUCCGAAGUUUUCCUCACUUGACCCAAUUGAAAGGGCGCUAGUAGAUCAACACCAACUAGAAGGAUAUGGUUAUCCUUCACAAGAUUAUAUCAACGGUAUACCGAGGAAAACCCAGCUCUGUCUAUCAUUUGACGAGAAGAAAUUCAUUGGUUACAUGGUGGCCCUAUAUCCCAAACUGGAAGGUCGAUUAUACGAUAUGUACCGUAUUGACAAAACACGCAGGCUGAUCCGAGUAGAGGCCAACUCACCUCGUCAACUUAAAGACAUGAAAUACCAAGGAAGCCUUAUUGUUAUACCAUAUGACUCGCAAGAAGACCGACCUUCUGCAGUUAUUCACAGAAACUUUGAUGAUGUAUACAAUAAUAACACUGCUCCGUCGCUAGGCAACCCAUUAACUCUUCUACAGAAUUUCAACAUCCCAUUGACAAGUCUACCUGAACUGUUACCCGAGGUUGAUAAGAAACAAAUAUCCGACACAAAGAGAGAAUUACCUGUGUUUCCACGGCAGCCAGGGUCGGUGCUGAUAGACACAAAUGGGAAGGAAAGUGUCAACGGAAGUUGCUCUCCUAAAGAAGAAAUGGAUACAAAUGAUGAAAGAACAGACAGUUAUUUUGAUGGUAUAAAGAUACUCCAAAUGGCACGAGACAUUAAACGUUGUCUGAAAGAGACCAAACAUUUGCACAUCAGGCCGGAAUCUCUACUCAUAGAUCUACUUAAUGCAUACAGAGAAGAUUCUGCUUUAGAGAAACACAAGAUUUCUAUUUGUUUCCAACUUCACGCCUCGCAAGAGAACGGAUGUAUGCAACCAGACGACCAAGUAAACCCCAGUACAUUAUUUGCCAUGUUCUGGGAAGAAGCGUUCCGAAUCCACUUUACAGGGACACAUCAUCUGGUUCCUUUGUUAGACCCAUCUUCAUCUAACGAUUUCUUCCAAGUAUGCGGAAGGAUACUUGUACAUGGUUUGGUACUUGGGAACUAUUUUCCAGUUAGAUUUUCUCCUGCUUGCCUUGCUGCUCUCGUUACUGAGUCAUGUUCUGAUCAACUGUCUCUAACUUCCUUUUACCAGGUGAUGUCAGAUUCGGAGAAGGAUGUCUUAGAGACAGCAAUUGUAGAACUUAAAUCAGGCGCAGAACAUUACUCUGCGAAAAUUGAAAGAUGUGUAAAAGUGGUUUUAGGAAGUUAUGGAUGCAAGAACAUUCCAGAUUCAUUUGAACUAGACGCUGCCAUGAUCAGUAUUGCCAAGACGUUCCUGCUUUAUCAACCGCAUUGGUCUCUUUGCCAGUUACGAGUCGGUAUGUCUGCAGCGGGAUUUGAACUUGCAGAAAUCAGCGAGAGUGAUAUUAUCCAGCUUUAUCAACAACUUACACCUUCCGUGCCAACAAUCUUACAGCGAGUCUCAUAUCACUCGGAAGAACCAAACAGUAAGAGUGAAGAGAAAGUGAAAGUAUUAUUUGAACAGUAUUUACAUAAAAUAUCCCGGAACAAACUGCGGAAAUUUCUCCAGCAAUGGUCAGGCUUCGACUGCACAUGUGUUCCAAAGCUGACGGUAAAACUUACAAGUGAUGAAUCCGUCUCGGUAUUUUCACCAAGAGAUCACACUGUUCACUUGCCACAAGCAUGUACCUCCAUACAAGAAUUGUCUCAGGUUUUUGAAGAACAUAUUACUGCCAUUGAUUCAGAGAGUAAAAGUACCUGGGAAUAUACAUUGUGACACAACUAAUGUAGGAAACAACUGCCUACAGGAUCAAAAAUAUUGACUUGCCUAAUGUCUUAUCCAGUACUAUUCCAGGGAGUUUUAAAUAUGCUGUUUUUAGUGACUUAUGUACUAGAACAUGUAUAUAUAUAUAUAU